AUGGCGAUUGAUGAGCUUCUCAAGAGGAGGAACGAGAUAUGCGCGGCGUACACAACUUUCCCACCAACAAAGCAAGGUUCAAGCAAGAGCUGGAGCAAGGGAAAGAGCAAGAAGAAGAGCAGUCUUUUAAUGGAAGCUAGAGAAGAAGGAGAGGUCACAGUUAGAGAAGAGAAUGUAGUGAAGAAGAAGAAAUGGUAUAAUAUUCAGCUAAGGCAAGACAAGAAAAAGAACUAA